GGCACACCAGAUGCCCAGGAACCCAGUUCUUGCGCUCCCGCAUGCCGGCAGGCAAUGGGCGGGACGUUCCCUCGCCCGGCCACUUGGGAAUACGUACCGACUGUAAGUACUGCUGGUACCAAAACUUCCAUGAAAUAGAUCUGUCUAUGAUUGCGCUCUGCGCAACCGAACGCUGGUCCGAUUGAUCUCUUUUAGUGUCAUCGGAUGCAAGGGCCUGCUCUCGAGCCAAAGUUAGUUGUGCCCAUCAAUAGUGACCGGUUGGAGACGCCACAAAUGUCGUUUGUGGAACAUGGCAUUUAUCACUCGUGAUGCCCGUCUACUUCCGUCAGUGACAACACAGCCAUUGCAUUUCACAACACUCACGAAACCUCCUUGAGAAGCCAUUACCGUCUGGAUCCGCAUCUAUUCUCGCCUUUCUUCACACAUCAACUAACCAUGGGAGCCAUCAUUCCCAACUCUGAGAGGUAUCCUAUGGCCUCAGACCCCGUACUGAUGAUGGGCGCCUCUGCCCAACACGCUUUCACUACGGACUCCUCUCCGGAGGAUCCGUAUAUCUAUCAAGUUGGAUUUGGAAACAGAUUCUCUUCUGAAGCCAUUCCCGGGACUCUACCUCGAUCAUGUAAUGUACCGCAAAGAGUAAAGUACAACCUUUAUUCCGAGCAGCUCAACGGCUCUACCUUUGUUGCCUCUCGAAGCGACAUCCAAAAUGCCUGGUUCUACCGGAUUUUCCCAUCUGUGGCUCACGGAGAUAUAUCAAAGAAGCCACGAAACCCAGAUAUUGAGUCAAGAUUUACAUCGGGGAAUGAGAAUGUCGAGUUUGUUCCCGGAGGACUCUGUUGGAGAGCAUUCUCGGUGCCAAAGACGGAUGGGCCGGCUAUCGACUUCGUCCAGGGGCUCAAGACGAUAGUUGGAAAUGGCGACUCGACGACCAAGGACGGCUUGGCUGUACACGUGUACGCUGCAAAUUCUUCAAUGAAAAGCCGCGCAUUCUGCAGCAAUGAUGGCGACAUGCUUUUCGUGCCUCAGACUGGCAGGCUGGACAUUCAGACAGAAUUUGGGAGAAUGAUGGUUCGGCCUGGCGAGCUGGCGGUGAUCCAGAGUGGCAUCCGCUUCAAGGUCGGGUUGCCGGAUGGUCCGGCCCGGGGUUACAUCCAAGAGAUAUUCGGAAGCCGGUACGAGCUGCCAGAACUGGGGCCGCUCGGAAGCAACGGGAUGGCUUUGCCUCGCGAUUUCGAGUUCCCCGUCGCCUCAUUUGACAUGGAUACGUCGGAGUGGGAGAUCGUGUAUAAACUGGCUGGAAAGUUGUGGUCCUGCAAGCAGAACCACACGCCCUUCGACGUAGUCGCAUGGGAUGGCAACUAUGUGCCUUUCAAAUAUGCCGCCGAGAAGUUUGUCAACGCCGCUUUCGUGGACAAGGACCAAGCCGACCCCAGUCUCUACACCGUCUUGACGGCGAAGUCCAAGAUGCCCGGUAUACCCGCAACAGAUGUCAUGUUCUUCACGCCAAAGUGGUCUUCGGCGACGAAUACCUUUCGACCUCCCUACUAUCAUCGAAAUAUGUCGACGGAGGUGGUGGGAAUCGUGUAUGGCGGUUACAAGGGCACCAGUCGCAAUCUGGAAGCUGGUGGCCUGAGUUUCCAGUCGAGCUUCAUGCCGCAUGGAGAAACCCAUGAGGCGUUUGUGCAAGCGACUACCAAUGAGCUGAAGGCUCAACGCGUGGGAGAAGGCUUUCUCGGUUUUAUGUUCCAAAUCAGCACUCACUGCGCGGUGACACAAUACGCCUUGGAAAGGAGCGGCGUGCUGGAAGUACCGCCGGCAUCUCUUUGGGACUCAAUGCAAGGACACUUUCUCGAGCACGCCGAAGAAGUAAAUAGCGACUUGCGAAGACGAGGACUGCCGACCCUCGGGGCCACCGUGAGCCAUUGAGAGCGAAGCGAAGCGGCGUCGAUCCAUUCAUCAUCACUACCUAGUGAAAGCGGGAUUUUUUGGUUUCCCACCUAAGCCUUGCGUGCCUUUGGUCUUCCAACACACCGUCUCUUCUCCGUUUGAUCCGAAAUAGCGAAGCGAUGCACAGCGAUGACAACAUUUGCCAGCGAUUUUUGGAAAGAUUUUCUACAGUUACGGAUAUAUGAUCAACAAUUCGGUGGUGGCCGGGGGAUUUUGCCGAAAGGGUUUUGUCUUUUUCUCUUUUUUUUUCUUUUGUCCAUGGUCACGAUCGGAGGUGUGUUAGUGAGGCAGAGCGGUUUGGGGAAGAGAGCUUGGGUCUUGUU